AUGAAAGAAGAUAAACCUAAUAUUUUAAAAAGGUUGAUAGUUUUAGGAGACUCAAAUGUAGGAAAAACUACUUUACUUAAAUCUUUUGUUUUUAACAAAGAAGACAGGUAGUAUGCUUUCUACAAUAUAGAAUUUCAUUGUUAAGUUUAUGAAAAAGAUAAUCAAAAAAUAAAGCUAUUUUUAUUUGAUUCAUUUGGUUAGCGUAGUUUUAAAUUUAAAAAAAAUUUUAUGAUCAAAUGUAAUUUUAUUGUUUUACUUUAUGACAUAACUAAUAGAGAUUCUUUUGAUAGUAUAUGUAUUUAAGUUAUAAGCCAAAUCUAUAAAGAAUCUAAUCCAAUUAUUAUUUUAAUCGGGAACAAAUGUGAUUUAGAAUCUAAAAGACAAGUUUCUUUUAAGGAAGGAUUAGAUAUUGCUAAUUAAUAUGGAGUUUUUUUUUAUGAAGUAAGUGCCUUAAAGGGAAUUCGCGUAGAUGAAUUUAUCAAUGAUGUAUUAAAUAAGAUAAUCUAAAUUUCUUGA